AGAGGAGGAGUGUGUGAGAGAGAGAAGGAGAGAGAGAGAGAGAAAAAACCGCCCCAACCGCUCAAUUCUCCUCACCCGACCGACGGUUGGCAACCGAAGCAGCUCUCCCCCACCUUUACCCCUUCCUUCCUUCCUUCUUCCUUCCCUCCCUCCCUCCUCCCCGUCACACGCCACAAGCGGGAAGGGAGCGAGGAAGAAAGGAGUCUCCCCAACCAAGCGGACACCGAGGGAACGGCGUGAAUUCAAUGCAACUGGCGGGGAGGAGGAAGCCAUUGAUCUCGUGAGUGUCCGGUGGAGGCAAUAAAGCACACUUCAGUACAGGAAAAUGAGUGAGUUGGACCAGUUACGUCAGGAGGCUGAGCAGCUGAAGAAUCAGAUCCGAGAUGCCAGGAAAGCAUGUGCAGAUGCCACGCUGGCCCAGAUCACAGCUAACAUUGAUCCUGUGGGUCGAAUUCAGAUGCGCACUAGACGAACACUACGAGGCCACCUCGCUAAAAUUUAUGCAAUGCACUGGGGCACUGACUCCAGACUGCUUGUGAGUGCCUCUCAGGACGGGAAACUGAUCAUUUGGGAUAGCUACACCACAAACAAGGUUCAUGCCAUUCCCCUGCGCUCUUCCUGGGUAAUGACCUGUGCAUAUGCUCCUUCUGGUAACUACGUUGCUUGUGGUGGUUUGGACAACAUCUGCUCCAUUUACAAUCUGAAAACCCGUGAAGGAAAUGUCCGUGUGAGCCGCGAGCUGGCUGGGCAUACAGGUUAUCUUUCUUGCUGCCGUUUCCUGGAUGAUAACCAAAUUAUAACCAGCUCCGGAGACACCACCUGUGCUCUUUGGGACAUUGAAACCGGGCAGCAAACUACUACAUUCACUGGUCACACUGGUGAUGUCAUGAGCCUUUCUCUUGCCCCUGACACAAGGCUCUUUGUCUCCGGUGCAUGCGAUGCUUCGGGCAAACUCUGGGACAUUCGAGAGGGCAUGUGCCGACAGACCUUCACCGGACACGAAUCUGACAUCAAUGCCAUUUGUUUCUUCCCGAAUGGAAAUGCAUUUGCAACUGGUUCAGAUGACGCCACUUGCAGACUGUUUGACCUGCGUGCUGAUCAGGAGUUGAUGGUUUAUUCCCACGAUAACAUCAUUUGUGGCAUUACAUCUGUAGCAUUCUCCAAGAGUGGUCGUCUCCUGCUCGCUGGAUACGACGACUUCAAUUGCAAUGUCUGGGACACCCUGAAGGCUGAUCGUGCCGGUGUUCUGGCAGGACAUGAUAACCGUGUUAGCUGCCUGGGUGUUACUGAUGACGGCAUGGCAGUCGCAACAGGGUCAUGGGAUAGCUUCCUGAAGAUCUGGAACUAAACCUAUUGCAGAUGGACUCCAUGGUGAAUGGAAGAGCAUUCCACAUUCAAUGACAUUGCAUAUCCGAUCCACUGAUACUGACUUGGACACCCCCAAACUUCAAAGGGCAAAAUGUAUUUUUAAUCCUUUGCUAUAAUGAAGAGCACAAUGUUAGCCAUUUUUAAAUGGAAGAUUCUGUGGUAUAAAAAAAAAUGAGGUUGCGCAUUCUUUCUGGGACCAUUAUUUUGUUUCUGUCUUUGAGAAAACACUAUCAUCCCACGGAAAAUUUAACUAGAGAUAAUCAUGAAAUAAACAGCUAAUUUUCUCAGUAGUUUAACAUUUUUAGAAAUGGCGAAGAUAUAUACUGUCAAGUUAAGGGUUGAAAGCUCUGUUUUAACACAAUUCUCAUUUUUUAAGUUGUGUUUUUAGCUGAAGGAAUUUGCUGGUAAUGUAAUUUUUCUGCGAAACAAGGGAGUCCGAGACUACGGUGCAGCACCCUGGUUUGUUGAUGACUGUAAAUUAGUCCCAGAUCUAUUUUUCUUUGGUCUUGUCCUGUGUCACACAAGACCUUUUUGUUGCACAAAUCUUGCGAGUGAAAUAUAUGCGUUGGAACGAAACGUAACCAAGCACAUACAGUCCUGGUAUCGAACGCUUGUUUUUAAAUAUGUAAUUUCCCCACCCACCCCCCCCCC